CGUGCCCGCCCACCUGUCACGGUCCAUGCUAUCUGGUAUCCUUGGGACGGCCCUACCCCAUUGAAGUUUAAAUUAAAAUGGUUAAUAAGGGUUAAAGUUAGGUAAGGGUUUUGGUUAGAGUAAGGGUAGGAUUUAAGGUUAUGUUUAGGAUUGAGGGUAUUGACAUCCCAAAGAUUCCGGAUAGCACUACCCUACCUGUCAAUGCUACGCGGAAUAUGCGGGCUGUGUCUACGCUAGUGUUCCUGGCCGUGGGUGUGAUGGUGGUGUUGAUGUACCAGGCGGUCCACCAGGAGAUGACUCUGCGGGGUCUUAAAGCCCGCGCUCUGGAGAGCUCCUCUCAGGUCAAGCAGAAGGAGAAUGACAUCGUCCAGGUCAAGAUGAAGAUCCAGAAGCUGAAUGAUGAGCUGAAGCCCAUCAACACCAAGAGAGACGAGUUGACUAAGAAGAAGGAGCAGUCUGCUAAAGCCGCAAGCGAGGCGGACAAGAGCCUAAAGACCUGUCAUACAGAGAAGGCCGAUGCUGAGAAAAAGAAGACUGACGCGUCGGCGGCCCUUCAGAAAUUUAAAGAUAAUCAAGAAGCAGAGAAGAAGACAGCUCAGGAGGAGAUCCAGGCAUUGAAACAGCAGAUUCUGGACCGGGACAAGGCACUGUGUGCGUUUGUGGACCAGACCAAUGAGGAAGGACGGAAGCUGUGUGGAAUCACUGAGGCCCCAAAAUGAAGAAAACUUGCACUACACUAUCUCCUCCCUCCCUCCCUCCCUCCCUCAUGCUUGCAGUGAUGCACACACACCCAUGCACAUCAUCGUUGUGCAGCUCAUAACAUUCAUCACCUACAACCACCUUCACUUACUGUACCUCUCAAUACUCAGGAAAAUAAAAAACAAGAAAGAUUUGGAAAACCCA